AAAAGAGGAAAACUGGAACAGCCUUUUUUUUGUUAGCACUCAAUGGACUCGAGCUCCAGCUGCAAGUCGCCAGCUCGAUUCACCCUGGGGAAGCAAUCCUCUCUAGCGCCGGACCGGGAAGGUUCGGCUGGCGAAGCCAUAGAGGCGGACAUAGACCCGAGGGUGACACUAAUGUACAUGGCUAACGAAGGGGACUUGGAAGGAAUUAAGGGGCUGUUGGACUCUGGCACCAAUGUCAACUUCAAAGACAUCGACGGUCGGACCGCCCUCCACGUCGCCGCUUGCCAGGGCCUUACAGACGUCGUCCAAUUGCUGCUUGAUCGCGGUGCAGACGUCGACGGCAGAGACCGCUGGGGCAGCACUCCACUUGCUGAUGCGGUGUACUAUAAGAACCAAGACGUGAUCAAGCUUUUGGAGAAGCAUGGUGCGAAGUCUCCGAUAGCCCCAAUGCAUGUUCAAAAUUCUCGUGAAGUGCCAGAGUAUGAGAUUGAUCCUAGUGAGCUUGAUUUUUCUAACAGUGUCCAUAUCACAAAGGGAACAUUUCGCGUAGCAUCUUGGCGGGGCAUUAAAGUUGCUGUUAAAACCCUUGGAGAGGAAGUUUUUACUGAUGAGGACAAAGUUAAGGCAUUCAGGGAUGAGCUUACAUUGCUUCAGCAGAUACGCCAUCCAAAUGUUGUCCAAUUUUUGGGUGCUGUAACCCAAAGCUGUCCGAUGAUAAUUGUUACAGAAUACUUACCUAAGGGAGAUUUUCGAGCAUAUUUGAAGCAUAAAGGCGCAUUAAAGCAAACAACUGCUGUUAAGUUUGCACUAGAUAUUGCUAGAAACAGAAAAAGAUGGUGGAUUGCAACAACAUCUACUAAAUUUCUCUGCUCCACGUUUUGGCUGAUUGUGGAUGAUGAUUCUUUAAGGAAUAUGGAAUUAGCAAAAAAUUGUUGUCUUGCCGUUGGGUUAAAAGGAUUCCUUGGGGGAAUGAAUUAUUUGCACGGGCACAAACCUGAAGCAAUAAUUCAUCGGGAUCUUGAGCCUUCAAAUAUAUUGCGCGAUGAUUCUGGGCAUCUGAAAGUUGCAGACUUUGGAGUCAGCAAGCUACUCAAAGUUGCAAACAUGGUUAAAGAAGACAGACCAGUGACAUCUCAAGAGACUUCUUGGCGAUAUGUGGCACCAGAAGUUUAUAGAAACGAAGAAUAUGAUACUAAAGUGGAUGUGUUUUCAUUCGCUUUGAUCUUACAAGAGAUGAUUGAAGGUUGUCUACCAUUUCAUUCAAAGCAAGAAAAUGAAGUCCCUAAAGCAUAUGUUGCAAAUGAGCGCCCACCAUUUCGAGCUUCUGCAAAGUACUAUUCUCAUGGAUUAAAGGAGUUAAUUGAGGAAUGCUGGAGUGAGGAGCCAAUCAAGAGACCACCAUUUAGGCAGAUAAUUACAAGGCUGGAUCACAUAAGUAACCAACUUGCUCAUAAGGGGCGUUGGAAGGUUGGACCGCUCAAGUGUCUGAAGAACUUUGAGAAUAUGCUGAAGAGAGAUCGUUUGAAUCCUAGCAGUCGUUUAUCUCGCACCACAACCAGAUGAUGAAUUUUUAUAAGCUUUCUUGAUCUUAAUAAACAACAAAUGUACAUAUAAUUGGGCCUUUAUUUCAGUCUAGUUCUCCAAUUAGGUUAUUUUGCGUAUGUUGUUGUGUUCAUCUCUCUCUCUAUUUGACUUGCUUUUUAUAUGUAUGUAGACAAAGAUCCAGCAUCUCGAGCAACCUUGUUGACAGCUUUGUUUGGA